CACCCAGACUCGGACAGCCUCUCCAGCCCCACUCGCCUCAGCCUGUCUGACGGGUCUGAGGACCAGCUGGACCGCCUCCAGCAGGUGGAGCUGGCCAGGAUGACACCCAUGUCCCAGUGGAGGGCCGGCACCGUGCAGGCCUGGCUGGAGGUUGUCAUGGCGAUGCCCAUGUACAUCCGCGCAUGCUCAGAAAAUGUCAAGAGUGGAAAGGUUUUACUCGGGCUUACAGAUGAAGACCUGGAGCUGGGUUUAGGUGUCAGCAGUUUAAUGCACCGACGGAAACUCCGCCUGGCUAUUGAGGAUUACAGAGAUGCUGAGAACGGUAGAGGGCUGUCCAAGGCUGCAGAUAUGGACCACCACUGGGUGGCCAAGGCCUGGUUAAGCGAUGUGGGCUUACCUCAGUACUCCCAGGCCUUUCACACCCACUUAGUAGACGGGCGCAUGCUGAACUCCCUGACACGUCGUGACCUUGAACGUCACCUCAACAUUACAAAGAAGUUCCACCAGGUCAGCUUGCUGCUGGGCAUCGAACUGCUGCACAUACUCAAUUUCGACAAGGAGGCGCUGCAGGCUCGCCGGAUACAGUGUGAGCACCAGAACAUGGAUCCAUUGGUUUGGACCUCUCAUCGGGUCAUCAAAUGGAUCAGAGAAAUUGACCUGAAGGAGUUUGCUGAAAGUCUUCUGAACAGUGGUGUUCAUGGUGCUGUCAUGGUGCUUGACCCCACUUUUAACACUGACGCCAUGGCAUCAGCGCUGGGGAUCCCCAGCAGCAAGCACAUGGUUCGCCGACACCUUGUUGAGGAGAUGAAAACCUUAAUUGGCCUGGCCAGGGCGGAUGCCAAGCAGGACUAUGAGCGCCUAGGCCUGGGAACUCCUCCAAGCCUCCUUCGCCAGAACUCCCUGGGGAGACCGCCCAGCUCUACUGGCCGACACACUGAUGACGAAGGCUCGCUGAGAAGGAGGGCUGUCAAGCCUCCAGCAGGGUUCAGCCCCAAAGCACGCAGUGGGCGGGACUUGAGUUGCCAUAGCAGCUAUGGCUCCCUGCCUCGGGAAGUUCGAGACCAGACUCCACCCAGGGCCGAGGGAAGCCCGAUCCACGGCUACACAAGCAUUGAGGUUACCAACGUGUGAGGUCAUCAGAGUGCGACAAACACCAGCCAUCAGCUUCAUCACAGCAAAAUCUACAUCAUGGACAUUUGUCCUCCAUGUGCACCUGAAACAUCGGGUGGUUAGUUUUUCUGAAGAUGAGCCUUUACAAGACAGAUUGCACUUUUUAAAACAGGACAGGAUUCUUUUUUACAAGUUUCCUGGUUUGAGAAAAACUUUAUACGACUCAUUGUGGGCAGGUGGUAUUUUAAUGUUUUUGAGGGCAGUAAUUUGCCAGAAUUAAGAGAUGAAAGACUACAUCAUUAUUUUUCUAUUUUCUUGUGUGUAAAUGACUCUUUUUGAACCAGGAUGUGACUUGGCAAUUUGUUUUUGUUGACUAGUUGCUAUUGACAGACAGUCUGUUUUUCUGAGGGAUAUUUAAACAAAAAAAAUACUGUUUGUAUAAUACAGGGUAAUUGAUGACAAAAUGAAAAAAAGUUUCAUAUCAGUGUAUAUUGUUCUUGCUUCAUUCAGUUCAGCUGUUUGUGAUGCCUUGUCAGUGUAACUGAGGUCAAAAAAAGACUAGAGUUUAUGUCCAUCUUGCACAUUUACACAGUUGUGUAUAAACAAAUGUAGCACCAUCUUCUGAUGUUUUAUACUGUGCUGUUAACAUGGAAAAAUAUUUGAAUGCCAGCAAAACAUGACUGCUGAGCUGUAUGUCCAUGGAAGCCUAGAGGCUGAAAGGUGUGAGGAUGCAUAUAAGUGAAAAAUGAAAGUUCCUUUUAAUGAAAUAAAGAUGACAUCUCAAAUGUGAUAGUCCUGUUGUGCCCACCUUCAGCAGAAGGUUUAAUAAAAAUCAAUUUGAAAA